AGCUGGACCGUGGAAGCAGUAAUCCGAAUAAUUCCUGAGUAUUUAAAAAACCAAAACAGCUUGCUCCAAACUCUAGACGUACAGUAUGAUGAAUAGAGCUGUAGUGUCGCCCUCCAGCACCGAGGGGGUGUUGCCUCCAAGUGGCCAUAUUGAAAGCAGAGAGUCGCUCCGUGUUUAAUGUGCAGAGGAGCCGUUCUGAUGAAGGCAGAUCUCUCCUGCACACUUCUGACGAUGGCGGCCAAUGAGGUAGAUGUUUUCGCACAUGAAGAAAAGCGAAACCUGGAGCUCGGAGGUCAUGUGGGGUUUGACAGUCUUCCAGAUCAGUUGGUCAGUAAAUCAGUGGCUCAGGGAUUCUGCUUCAACAUCCUCUGUGUAGGUGAGACAGGGAUAGGCAAGUCGACAUUAAUGAACACUCUUUUCAACACAACAUUUGAAAAUGAGGAAGCCAGCCAUUAUCAGAGUGAAGUACAGCUACGCCCACAAACCUAUGAUCUGCAGGAGAGCAACGUCAACCUGAAGCUGACCGUUGUGCACACUGUAGGGUUUGGAGACCAGAUCAACAAAGGGCAAAGCCAUAAACCCAUUCUUGACUAUAUCGAUGCCCAGUUUGAGAGGUAUCUUGAGGAGGAGCUUAAAAUAAGACGCUCCUUGUUUAACUGCCAUGACACAAGAAUCCACAUCUGCCUGUAUUUCAUCGCUCCCACCGGACACUCCCUGAAGUCCCUGGAUCUCGUCACUAUGAAGAAACUGGACAGCAAGGUGAACAUUAUCCCAGUUAUUGCAAAGGCAGACACAGUUUCGAAGAGUGAACUGGACAAAUUAAAGAUCAAGAUAAUGAGUGAGCUGGUCAGUAAUGGGGUGCAGAUUUAUCAGUUCCCUACGGAGGAUGAAGCUGUCGCAGAGAUCAACACCUCCAUGAAUACUCAUCUUCCCUUUGCUGUGGUGGGAAGUGUAGAGGAAGUUAAAGUGGGAAAUAAGAUGGUGAAAGCCAGGCUGUAUCCCUGGGGAUCAGUACAGGUGGAGAAUGAAAACCAUUGUGAUUUUGUGAAGCUGAGGGAGAUGCUGCUGCGUGUGAACAUGGAGGAUCUGCGAGAGCAAACACACGCUCGACACUAUGAGCUCUACCGUCGCUGCAAGCUGGAAGAGAUGGGCUUCAAGGACACCGGCCCGGACAGCCAGUCGUUCAGCCUUCAGGAAACAUACGAAGCAAAGAGGAAGGAAUUCCUCGUAGAUCUGCAGCGCAAAGAGGAGGAAAUGAGACAGAUGUUUGUGAGUAAAGUGAAGGAGACAGAAGCAGAGCUGAAAGAGAAGGAAAAAGAGCUUCAUGAAAGAUUCGAGCAGCUCAAGCGGAUGCACCAGGAUGAAAAGAAGAAUCUGGAGGAGAAAAGACGAGACCUGGAGGAGGAGAUGAACGCCUUCAACAGAAGAAAGGUGGCUGCUGAGACACUGAUGGGACAGGCUCUCCAAGGCUGCUCACAACCAUUCAAGAAGGAUAAGGACAAGAAGAAUUGAUUUAUGGAUCAAACAUCCAGGGAAACCAGGAAUGUGUCUGCUGUCAGCAUGGGAAAAAGAGACUGUCAUAUCUGACACUGUAUGUGUAGGCAGUGUCACUUUGACUAUGCACGUAUGUCGGCCUGAACAAUGUGAUGGCUUUAAGCCAAUGUGUACUUAUGGAUCAAAAAGGUAGCUUUGCUUAGAGUUUCUAAUUUGUCCCUAAUGCUGACUCUGCUAGACACACAAUCCAUGGACUGUUUUCAUAACAUGUAGCUUGUGUUGUUUUAUGUUCUUGCCAUGAAUGUGUGUUCAUGUCCUGUUGUAGAACAGGAGACUUUUAGUCACUGACUGAAUUGAACUGAUUACAGUAGUAGUGCAUUACAGAGUAAGAAGCAUUUGUGUGUUUAUACAUGCAAUUAUUUACAACUUAAAUUGUCAACAGUUUUAAAAGACAGAAUUUCUAAUAAUGUACAUCAAAAAAUGUAUUUUAUUUUUUAAAUUGUAAGUAGAUUAACGUACAAAACGUAAUGGACUUACACCAUGAUAUGCAAAAUUAUAAAGCUAUUAACUAAAUAAAUUAACAGUGUGUCUGUGAAAAGAGCAAAUAUGCCAUCAUUUAUAUUGAAAUAAAAAAUGUCAAUGUUACACCGGACAGAGCAUCAGUUCAUCUGUUGGUCAUCUGAACCCUAAACCCUCACUUCUCUGGGACUUCCCGUCAUAUCAGUCAUUUUUUAUGAUUCCAUGAACAUUUCAUAUUGCACUUGUUGUCAUCAUGAUGUAUCAAAACAUGGUUUUCUGAUUUUCAUCUGUAAACAGUGUUUUGUUAAAAGCAUUAUCCAUUCAAUUCAAGUUGUUGUUUUACAUUUUCUUUGUCCCUGGCAGCAUACAGUACAAAUAACAAAAUGCAAACCUAAUUAUAAUUUGCACUAAUCUUUGGUACUUCGUAUCUUGUUGAAGUUUGUCUAAUGGCCCUAAUGAAUAUGUAGAGUUGCUUGUUCAGAUAAAUGACAUGGUUUUUCUUUCCUUUUCAUAGCUUCUUUAGUCUUCCAUCUGCGUGCUCCUUAACCUCAGGAAGGAAUUUGAAUUAGAAGACUUUCUACCACAUCAAAAGAUCACAGACUAACAGUGUAUUAUUUUUACAAUAUGAAAUAACAAUUUUAUAGAAAUGCACUUGACACUGCUGGAAUUGAUUCUGAAGUCUUCCAUGUCUAGAAAACUCUCCUUUAAGCUUCUAUCAGCGUUCUGUAGCAUGGUCUCUGCAUUGCAUGGCUCCUAACCUUCAUUCCUAAAAGUGAAUCAUAUCAUUGCCAAAAUCUCUGUUUUUGUACUGAAUGUGCUACCUUCAUUAAUCUGCUGUGUUAUGCUUGUAGUUUUUGACUGAUGCCAAUUUACACUGUGAAAUAUACAUUAUAAAGUAACAUAUUGCUAUUUAAUGUUGUAGGGAUCAUUAUAUUAUGAUUUAUAAGCACUUUAAAGAUUCUAUCCUUAAUCAAUAUAAAUGGUGCCCUAUCAUGCUAACAUGUCAGUCCUUAUGUUGUGUCAAAAUUGCAAAAACGAUAUGAUGUUGUUACAUGAUAAAAGGCUUGAUGCUUAUACAUUCAGGAUUAAAUAUCUUUAUGUGAGUAGAUCUAUAUGGUGGGUCUGGAGAUUUGUAUAUCCUGAUGUAAUAAAGACUUACUUUAUUGAAAA